GGGAGACAGCAGCGUGUGGUCAGAGCCCGUCUCCACAGUCGAUGUGCCAUGAAAAAUUAACUGCCCUGCGACAACCUGACCUCCAGUCUAUGUGUGAAGAACUUUUGUGAAUGAAUAAGUUGGCCGACCACUUUGAAAAGAGUUUGGUAAGCUGGCAGUGCUGCCAGGAUUUGGGAACAGGGGGAGCGGGGAGGGCUCCUGCUACCUUGGGAGGUCUGUAUGCUUUUCAACGCACUCAAAAUGGAUAAUGCUUUCUAUAGAUAAAUUUGGCAACUUCUGUCAAGGGUUAUAGACUUGAUAUUGAACCUUAGUCAAUGGAUUUACCGCCCUCAAUACAACAUCAUUUUAACUGUACUUUUUCUCUAGGCUAGAAAUCGUGAAGCAUGGGUGACUGGAGCUUUCUUAGCAGGCUCUUGGAGAACGCACAGGAACACUCAACCGUGAUCGGCAAAGUCUGGCUGACCGUGCUCUUCAUUUUCAGGAUCCUGGUGUUGGGGGCGGCGGCAGAGGAAGUCUGGGGCGACGAGCAGUCGGACUUCACCUGUAACACGCAACAGCCCGGCUGUGAGAACGUGUGUUACGACGAGGCCUUUCCAAUCUCCCACAUCCGCUUCUGGGUGCUCCAGAUUAUUUUCGUGUCCACGCCGACGCUCAUUUACCUAGGCCAUAUACUGCACAUUGUUCGUAUGGAGGAAAAGCGGAAAGAACGCGAGGAGGAUCUUCGAAAGGCCAAUAGGCUCCAAGAGGAGAAAGAACUCCUGUAUAGAAACGGAGGGGAGUCUGGCGGGCACGGUGGGGGCGGCAAAAAGGAAAAACCGCCAAUCAGAGAUGAGCAUGGGAAAAUCCGCAUCAGAGGUGCCUUGUUGCGCACCUAUGUGUUUAACAUCAUAUUCAAGACUCUGUUUGAGGUGGGCUUUAUUUUAGGCCAGUAUUUUCUAUAUGGUUUCCAGUUGAGGCCCCUGUAUAAGUGCAAACGGUGGCCCUGCCCUAACACCGUGGACUGCUUCAUUUCCAGGCCCACGGAAAAAACCAUCUUCAUCAUAUUUAUGCUUGUGGUGGCUUGCGUGUCUCUUUUGCUGAAUUUGUUAGAAAUCUAUCACCUCGGAUGGAAGAAGGUCAAACAGGGGAUGACCAAUGAGUUUACCCCGGACCACGAGCUACUGCCCGGUUCAGACACAGCAGAGCCAGAGUCCUCCAUCGCGUCGCCCAGAAUCGCCCCUCCCACCCUCAGCUACCCACCGGACUACACGGAGGUGGCGGUGACUAGCAGUGCGUUCCUGCAGCCUGUGUCUGCAUCCUCCACGGCCGAGUUCAAGUUGGACCCUCUGCGUGAGGAGCUAGAGGAGUCUUCCCCUUUCUACAUCAGCAACAACAACAACCACAGGCUGGCCGCUGAGCAGAACUGGGCCAACCUGGCCACCGAGCAGCAGACUCGGGAGAGGCACGGCGCCUCCCCUUCCCCUUCCUCUUCCUCACGUUGCUCUAGUAACGGGCGGCGAGCCAAAGAUGCUGCUCAGCCCACCAGUACUCCACCUUCCAUUGGGGGCAGUUUGAGUGGGGGGGCAGAGGAGGUGCACGUCACCACCACGGUGGAGAUGCACGAACCCCCCGUCAUUUUCACUGAUGCUCGACGAUUAAGCAGAGCUAGUAAAGGCAGCAGCGUGAGAGCGAGACCCAGUGAUCUGUCGGUGUAGAGUCUCUCUAGCUUAGCCCAAAGGUCAUUUGCAAUAAUGCACAAACAAACACACGGAGAGGAAAUUAGAGGCAGAUUGCUGGAAUUUGGAAGUUAUUAGGUAUAUAGUACCAUUUAUAAGACUAACACACUCGUGCAGUCAUUACACAAAGUGUUACAUCAUAUCCAAAUGUCAGAUGGUCUAAAGGGGUUUGGUUGUGAUUUUAUAACAGAUGGUAGCUGAAUGGUGUUCAGGUGGAGGUGUGCAUGCCUGAUGCAGCUUAUGUUACACCAGACUCUGGAUUACUUUAGUCAUCUCAUUGAUAUUUAACACAUUUUGCAGUCUUUUGCUGCCCAACAUGCAAAGUACAUGCAAAAUCUAAUUUUUUUACUUUUAAAAAUAUCCUAAUAUAUUCAGUAAAGCGUCUUUAAAAAAAUGGCACUUUGACAUAUGCGUGCCAUGGUUCAUCCAAUUCUUUUUCCGUGCACUUAGAGGACUUUGCCAAGAAACCACCAUUUCGGAAUGGCUCAAUGCCAGGAUUAAGUGGAUACACUUAGCCUAUGUGAAAGUAUUUGAUUGCAUACAGAGCAUUAGGUUAAUAUCAUUAUCUCAUUUCUGACCUAGGCUGCGUUUAGCGGGUUUUGCAUCUGAGCUUUUCAUUUAUUUACUAAUUUAACAUUUUUCAUGCAGUCAGUUCCAUUUAGUAAGUACAUUGUUAAAAGUGGCAUGGCACAACAAAGGGAUCAAAUAUCAGAAGAAUAAGUGUUCAUUAAUUAUGUUAUACGCAUGGACCAAUGAGUUAUUGAACAUUUGAAAAGCUUGGGUGUGUAUUACCAUUGACUAGACAGUCACAGUUAUUAUUUUUAAUGGUUAAGGCACAACUCACUGAUUCACAGAUCCCACCCAUGUAUUAUUAUUAUUAGUCAUUGGAUAAAUGAUGGCCAAAUAUUAUAUUACAAUCAUAAACUACAAAAAAGUGAUAGUUAAAUGCUCUUUAAUGACCCCUUUUUUGAUGUUUUAUGAUGAAAAAUAAUAUAGACCAAACUUUUCUCAUUUGUUGUAAAAUUAUAAAAAUUUAUCUUUAAGUAUAUACAUAAAUUCACAAGUACCCGUUUAAAUCUAGAACAUGUUCAAACCACUGUCUUCAAUUAUUUCAGCGCCUGCCUCUACAUUUCCUCACUUUACAGAUAUUUCAAAAUGUUUGGGAGAUACUCAAAGUGAAAAGCACAUAGUCCUGUGACGGUGGCAGACUUUAUUGCAUUACAAUAUUAAGAGAAAAAAUGGUCCUCCAUAUAGAUAAAAGUUUAAAUAUUACUAAAACACAGUAACAUUUGAAAGUGAAGUAUUUAGAUAACUGUUGUACUACUGAAUGGUGCCGUUUUAUUUCAUAUAUCAUGUGUUUUUCUCUAAACCAUGUUUCUUUUAUCACCAGUUGCCUUUUAUCAAUUUUAUGAUCUGAAGUUCUGCUUCUGUUUAACAUUUGAGAGUUUUAACACAAAUCGCCAUCAGAAAUAUAUUUUAUCAAUCUGGCAUGGGGAGUACAAACUCUCAGUACAUGUGACAUUACUAUUGGUUACAAAAAAAAAAAAUGAGUACAACAGUUACUAAAGCAUUGCUUUUCUGUAGUCAGUUCCUGGUUGCCCAAGUAGUACUUCAAAAUGGACUUUGAAGGAUGCUGAAGGUGCCUUAUGCCGAUAUGGAGUUUAUCUCCAUUUCUCUAGUUUUGUCCAGUUUCAGGUUACUGUAGGUCCUUAUCACUGACUUCUGCUGUUAAAAGCACAUGACUUCUGCCACAGUGCCAGUAAAGAGACAGGCCAUCCAAAACAACCAUUUUAGGUAAACGCUACAAAAUGGUGGCACACUUAUAUAUUUAGCUUAUUUUGGAGAACCCCUACAUGAGUGUGCCACAUGCGAGUAUAUUUACUUUGCAUGCUUUAGCGGUCCAUUUUAAAAAAAGAUAGGCAGCCCUAAAACAGAAAGAGAGACUGUGCAAGUUUUUGCUUAAGACAGUAUUAUUUAUUCUUUUAGUAUUUACAGAUGUAUGUUAUUUAUUUCCUGUAUACAAAAUGAAAGUGUUAUUUUGUCAUGUGUUCAUUUUUGGUUCCUAAAGUUUACAUUUUAGUAAAUAGUUAAAGAUUUGCACAUUUAGGCAAAACACUGUUGAGUAAUUCUUACAUGAAUAGAAGAGGAAGAGAUAUUUUUGAUCCUUAAAGGAAAAUGUCUUAAUGGUAAACAUGUUGUGUUAGUGGCAGUAUUAUUCCACUUAAAUAACAUCAAAUGUAAUUUAUAAAGCAGCACUUGUACAGUAUAAGAAGAAAUAUACACGUUUCCCAUGUUUUAUUUUAAGACUGUUGUGAUGGCCUGAAAGGACCGCAGGAAAUUUGAACAUUGUGGAUGAUAAGAUAACAUAAAUUCUGGAUUUUAUUUGGCCAGCAGCUCUUUCUUUUCUCGAUCCGUUUGUAGUGUAUUUAGUUGCAGCCCAUUAUUCUCAUUUCUUGAACUUUACCGAACCGAUUUUCUCGAGCAGAGCUGAAUAUUCUGACCAAUCAGGGAAAUGAACCACCUACAUAUGCUCAGAACAGCAGCCUGUUUCAUUGCUGUCUUAAGAGAAGUGCCUCGUGUAUUCAAUUUUAUAAGAACAAGUUGAUGUAAAUGUUCAUUUACCUCAAAUGUUUA